AUGCAGCUAAACAGCCGCUCCCACCGUCAGAAAGCGGCCCGUGGCGUCCUCCCAUACGCCAAUUUAGGAGAACUUAUAACCCGUAGACUGCCCUUUCCCGCUGAGAUUAACGGACCUCUGCUGUGCCGGGGCGUACUUGGAAACGAUGCCUUGCCCAAAGCGCACCGUCUCCCUCUCGACUCUAAGAACCUGCUCCGAAGGAGAGACGAGGUCUAUACGUCCGAAGCAUCCCUAGAGCUGCAGGGGAUGCCAGAAGAUGGCUGUGGAUCACUCCGCACCAACGACUGCCUGCGGGUCCCUCCCUCCGUUGUGUACUGCCUUUGGUCUGACCUCUCACCUGUAGCCUGCCCGGCAUGGUUGAACCUGCCGGAGAUUGUGGUGUAUGCUGACACGAUGGCGGGUCCGUGUACAUCCGGGUUCUGGAGGUGGAUGGUUCUGGUGCUGAUACUGAGGACCGCAUCAGUUAAUGGACAAGGUGUCAAUGUCGCCCUGAGUAAGAAAGCGUACCAAACAAGCCUCGAGGGGCAUGGACAUCCAAACCUUGCUGUUGACGGGAACACCAAUGCCAAUUACUACUCCGGUUCCUGUGCAAACACUAUUGCAGGGGCCGGAGAGGCAGAUCCAAGCUGGUGGGUGGAUCUCAGACAAUCGUACAUGGUUGACAGAGUGGUCAUCUUCAACCGCCUGGACUGUUGUGCGUGGCUUAUUAACCCCUUCAACAUCCACAUCGGGGAUUCCGACCAGGUCAGCAUGAACCCCAAGUGUGGAGGUGAUCAUCAAAUCGUUCAGCCGUCCAUUACCGUCUCAUGUGCAGGGAUGAAGGGGCGAUAUGUGGGCAUCCGUCUUCCCGGACCAAACCGGACGCUGCAGCUGUGUGAAGUCCAAGUAUUUUCAGGGUUCAGAGAGUCGUAUGCCAUGGUUACUCAGAAAGGAGACAAACCAUCUUGGUUCGUGGAAAAAAAGAGCGCAAUAGGUGCAGGACCAACUAUUGUAGAGGCUCACAUACCAGCGUGUCCAAUAGCAAGCUACGUCAGUUUUAACGGAGUUUGCUACAUGGACUUUGCUGAGGAGAAGACGUACGAUGAGGCUAGACGGACGUGUGCCGCAGAUGGGGGACUACUGGCCAUGCCGAAGGAUAGCGCGAUCAGCACUUUCAUCCAUGAUCUGGUGGGGGCUCAAAGACGCUGGAUCGGACUGACAGACAUCGCGAACGAAGGCCAGUUUGUGUACGAAAACGGCCAAACACUUGCGUCAUCCGGCUAUUCUAACUGGAACCCCGGUGAGCCGAACGAUGCUAAUGUGGGCGAAGACUGUGUCGCACUUCUUGAUUCCACACAUUUCUGGAAUGAUGCAUCUUGCAGAAAAAUCUUUGGAUUCAUCUGUCAGCUAGUGCUCACAGGAUUGACACUCGCCGAUGCCGGGAUUAGUCAUCUCACCGUUUCCUGGACAGUUGUGGGGAAUCUUCCGAUCUCGCGCUACAGGCUCCGCUACCAGCCGGCAGACCGGCCGGGCUCGUACCGGGACCUCUCCCCCGCACCAGCAGCAGGAGCCACCUCGGCAACAGUGCAGGGCCUCCUAGCUGACACAGAAUACAUCCUCACGCUGACAUCUUUUGGUGCAGACGACGAGCCCAACGGAGUUGCCAGUGGGGCAUUCACCACAGAUUCGGUUAUCGUGAACGUAGUGUGUGACCAGGACAGUAUGAGUCUGUCCAUCCCCCGUGCGGCGCUGCCGGCUGUCAAUGUGGAGAACCUGCACCUGCUGGACCCUGACUGUGGAGCUACUGAGGACGAAGACGAAGAUGCCUUUAUAUUUGAGACACACCUGCAAGAGUGUGGAACCCGGCAGGAGACCUCAGGAGAUGACAAAUUCAUCUUCUCCAACGAAGUCAUUGUCAACCAAGUUACUCACGAGAACGGCGCUGUGCGUAACCAGCCGGUAAAUCUGCCCUUCCAGUGCGAGUUCCUCCGUCAGCACGUAGUUUCCCAGGGUGGAGACAUCAUGUAUAACAUCCCCUCUCCUCGUGUUCAAAUCGUUGAUGCGAGCAACAGCUUCACCUUGGAGAUGCGGAUGUACACUUCGGGAGACUUCAGUGCAACCUACGAGAGUUCUGACUUUCCUAUUCAGGUCUCACCAUCUGACCGUCUUCACUUCGGCCUGAGCGUGGCGUCACCACUGGACAACCUGGAGCUGUUCGCCCGUGACUGUGUCUCCACCCCCACCACCAGCCCUGACGACACUCCUAGGGUCAGCAUCAUCGACGAUGGCUGUCAGAUUGAUCAAACUCUAGAGAAGGACAAUGAUCUUUCUAAUGAAAAGGCCCUGUACCACAGCGUCGACGCCUUCACCUUUCCCAAUGCUCUCGACCCCAGUCUGGUGUACUUCCACUGCACCAUGAUUAUCUGCUUCAAGGACGACCCUGCCUCUCGGUGCAAACAGGGCUGCAUCCCACCAGCAGCACGGCGCAGGCGAGCCGUCUCGGACGGGACGGAGACCAGGGUUCGCCGGGAGAGCAGCAGGGACAAGCAGGCGGACAUCACCCAAGGACCGUUCCAGGUGCAGUUCGAAGAAAAAGCAGGAACAGUUGGAGUCCCACUGGGUACCGCGGUGGGAGCGUCUGUUGGAGUUGCCGGGAUCAUGGUGCUUCUGAUGGUGGCCGGUGUUCUGGUGAAGAAACGAGGUGGCCUCGCCUUAGGCAACAAGAAGCGUGAAGACGACAUUGUCGGAAUGAACAACUACGCAUUCCAAACUUGGGGAAAGAUGAGCAAGACUGGGAUUGCUGACACCAAAGCCUAG